AUGUUACCGAAAACCUUGAGCGCUAUGAUACUCAGCCUUGCAGCAGUUGCCAAUAUCGCAUCAGGACACCCGGGUGAAGAUCAUACUCUUCCUCGUGCUGAACUCCAUCGCCGUCAACUCGAGGCAAAUAAGCGCCACAUUGUUGCUCGUAGCUGCGCCUCGCAAAUUGCCGAGUUCAAUGCUAAGCGAAAGGCAUGUGAAUUUAGGGCAAAGAGGGCUCUAGCCAGGCGCAGCGUUGAUCCGGUCCUCAACGGUCGUCAUUUCCGUCGGCAGCUGCCUCAGCAGGGUCAAUCAGGCGGAUAUCAAGGACAGCCCGGCCAGCAAGGCCCGGGUCAAACCCAAAAUCCCGGUCAAGGACAGGGCGGUCCGAACUCCAUCUCCCGUUCUUUCUCUGGCGGGAUUUUUCCAACCAGUGCACCCAACUCUGUCUCUGCUUCUGCAACUAUUACUGAGCUUGAGUCUACUGUUAUCGCGACAGCCAUUUCGACAACUAGUACUUCGUCGGUGGCCACUCCGACAUCCAGCGCUGAUGCUCCGACGUAUUCUACUAUCCAAAACUCUACAUGCGUGACCACCCCGGAGGUUACCGAGGGACCGUAUUAUGUAAACAACGAGCUCCUGCGUCAAGAUAUUCGUGAGGACCAAGCAGGUGUUGAACUCAUCCUUGAUAUCGGUGUUAUGGAUGUUACCACGUGCACACCCCUUGAACAGGCCCUUGUUGAAAUCUGGCACUGCAAUUCAACCGGCCAUUACUCUGGAUUUACUGCGGCUAACACUGGAGGCGGAGGUGGUAAUGGUACAGCUCCCAGCGGAAACAUGACUGUGCCUUCUGGAAACGCAACCGCCCCGACUGGAACCGAGUCGAUACCUGCUGCUCCUACUGGCGGCGCUGGAGGGUGUGUAGUGCUCGCAAACCUAUAUGUUUCUUAUCUAAAUAUAUCUCCAGAAUCUUUCUUGCGGGGCGGAUAUGCUACCAAUUCAGAAGGCAUGGUCGAGUUCCUCACUACUUACCCUGGAUUUUAUACCGGACGCACGGUCCACAUCCAUACCAUGAUUCACACCAACUACUCGGUCGCUACUAACGGCUCGAUCAUCAGCCAUGCUGGCAACGUCCGACAUAUUGGCCAACUGUUCUUCGACGACGAUCUGAACGAUAAGAUUCUUUCUCAGGGCGUUUAUGCCAAUACUAGCGAAACUCGCACGUACAACGACGAGGAUAGCAUAUUGGAUAGUGAGAAUGCAGAUGGUUACAAUGCAUACGCAUCAACUGAGUUACUGGGCGAAACUGAAACCGAUGGUAUCCUGGCUUACAUCACCAUCGGCGUGGAUCCUACGUCUGAAACCUCGAUCACUUCGACUAACUAUGUGACUGCAGGCUUGGAAUAA